AUGCUCGGCGGCCUCGACGAUGGCCGCGGAAAAGCGCGCGUCAACCUCUUCCGCCACAAACACGAAAUCGAGAGUGGUCGAACCAGCUCAGUCGGCAUGGAGAUAAUGGGCUUUGACAGCAAGAGCGAAGUCGUUGUGUCGAACGUCGCAGGUCGAAAACUUACUUGGGAAGAGAUUGGACGGCGAUCCGCCAAGGUCAUCAGCUUCACUGAUCUCGCUGGUCACGAGAGAUACCUGCGGACUACCGUCUUUGGGCUGCUGUCAAGCGAGCCUAACUACUGUCUGUUGAUGAUCGCGGCAAACAACGGUUUAGUGGGCAUGAGUAAAGAGCAUCUCGGAAUCGCACUUGCGCUCAACGUCCCCGUCAUGGUCGUUAUCACCAAAAUCGACAUUUGUCCGCCACAGAUCCUUGAACAGACUAUAACUCAGCUGUCCAAGAUCCUCAAAUCUCCAGGAGCGCGAAAGAUACCGGUAUUCAUCAACAAUAGGGAGGAGUGCAUCACCACCGCUACCCAAUUUGUGUCGAGUCGCAUAUGUCCCAUCUUCCAAGUGUCCAAUGUCACUGGUCACAACCUGGACCUAGUGCGCAUGUUCCUCAACGCACUACCGCAUCACGGCAAUUACGACGCCUCUGCUCCUCUGGAGUUCCACGUCAACGACACAUUCUCGGUCCCUUUCGUUGGCACUGUGGUUUCAGGUGUUGUCAAGUCUGGUGAGAUACAUUCUGGCGACACAGUUUUGAUCGGUCCCGACAGUCUUGGCCAGUUCCAAACGACAAAGGUGCGUUCCGUCGAGCGCAAACGAAUACAAGUUCCAGGAUGCUCUGCUGGCCAGUCCGCUAGUCUCGCGCUGCGCAACGUUCGGCGGAAAGAUGUGCGAAAAGGCAUGGUCGUUUUGCACAAGGCUGAGAAGCCUGAUCCAACAACUGGGAUAUUACCAUCCCCGAAAGUGUACCGCGAGUUCGUUGCCGAAGUCUUGAUCUUGUCGCACGCGACGACUAUCAAAACCAAGUACCAGGCUAUGCUACACGUUGGACCAGUGUCCCAGACCUGCGCCAUCAUCGACAUCGACCGCCAGUACAUCCGCACCGGUGACCGAGCACAGGUAGCCUUCCGCUUCGUACAGCGACCGGAGUAUUUGACUGUCGGCGAUCGGAUACUAUUCCGUGAGGGCAGGACGAAAGGAUUGGGUAUUGUCAAGAGAGUCGGUUAUGACUCGAAGCAUCCGCUGAACCCGGAGUUGCACAAAGACGACAAGAAGAAGGACAGCCAACUGGACGGGAAGAAGAUGGAAGCCUCAUGA